CAUAGGUUACAGUCUGAAAAAGAGAACAAGGGUCCACUUUUUUUCUGGCCAGUUCGCCAGCUAGCUCGUAGCGAUGGACAAGCUUCGUCGUGUGCUAAGCGGUCGAGAAGACAACGAGGAACUGGGUCUCACUGCACAGGUCCUUGAUGCCAGCACUCUCAGCUACAGCACCAGGGUGAAAUGGUUUGUCAUCUGCUUUGCUGGAGGCAUCCUGUGUUCAAUACUUGGCACAGCACUGCUGUUCCUUCCAAGUGGCUUGAAGCUCUUUGCAGUCUUUUACACACUAGGGAAUAUUGCAGCUCUUGCCAGCACCUGCUUCCUAAUGGGACCACUAAAACAGCUGAAGCGCAUGUUUGAACCAACACGACUGAUAGCAACCAUUGUUGUGCUGCUCUGCCUGGUCUUAACGCUUUGUUCAGUGUUUUGGUGGGGUAAAAAGGGACUGGCCAUAAUCUUCUGUAUUCUGCAGUUUCUGGCAAUGACGUGGUAUAGCAUCUCUUAUAUUCCAUUUGCCAGGGAUGCUGUGAUCAAGUGCUUCACGACCUGUCUGAGUUAGGACUCCAAAGUCUACAGUUUCCUAUCAAGACUGGUCCUAAUAUGCAAACUGCGAACAAGAGGCUUUGUAAAAUAUACAUGAUUCUGUAUAUACAUUAUAUUUCCAAAUUUUUAUUAUGGCUUUCA